AUGUUUGAGGUUUUCAAACAAUAUGGUCUUGUUCUUGAGGUGGCCAUCCCACCGAAAGGAGAUAAAUGUGGCAAACGGUUUGGUUUCGUGAGAUUCAAGAAUGUUGAAGACAUCCGACUAUUAGCGAUCAAGCUAGACAUCAUUAUGAUUAGAGAGCGCAAGAUUUAUGGGAAUAUACUCAAACUCCAUAGGGGAAGUCUUGGCAAUGAGGAGGGAGUAAAAAAUGAGUUGAAUCAGAAGAAUAAUAAGUGGGCUAUUGAUUUCACUAUACAGGCUGGUGCAAAGAUGGUGUAUCACGGUAAGACAAAACCUUCCUACACUCAGGUCUUGGGAGUUGGACAAGCCAACAUGCAAGAAGUGAAAAGAAGUAUUGUAAGGAACACUAGAGACUGGCUGGGUGAAAAACCGUGA